AUGGCGUUUAUGAGUCGCAGCAGGAAUCGAGAAAUGCAAUUUACUCGGCUACUCGCUCACGAGACUCCCGGCAGAGGGCCGUCGUCCGUUUGCAAGCGCAUCCAAAUUGCGCAAGAGCAGACGGAAGGCGCCAUGCCUUCGAAGCAGAUCAGCGAGACUUGCAACCUACCAGACCAUCUGUCACCUCAACAGAGAAUCACGUUAGUGACGGAACAGACGAAUGCCAAACGACGAUGGAAAACGCCUGAGCGAAUCUUGCCUUAUUGGUCAGACAGCCCCUGCUGCAAGUAA